GGGCGUUUCCACCAAUGGGCGCGGCGUGCGGCGCGGAGGGGGCGGGGACAGAGCGGGGGGCGUGCCCGCGGCUUCCAGAGAGUUCGGAGACGGCGGCGGAGCGGCGGCGGCGCACAUCACAGCCAGGAAGAUGGUGAAGGAGACGGGCUACUACGACCUGCUGGGUGUGCGGCCGGGCGCCAGCCUGGAUGAGAUCAAGCGGGCGUACCGGCGCCUGGCGCUGCGCUACCACCCCGACAAGAACCCCAGCGAGGGCGAGCGGUUCAAGCAGAUCUCCCAGGCCUACGAGGUGCUGUCGGACGCCCACAAACGGGCGCUGUACGACCGCGGUGGCGAGCGGGCCAUGAAGGAAGGCGGCCUGGGGGGCCGCGGGGGAGGCAGCGGCUUCGGCUCCCCCAUGGACAUCUUCGACCUCUUCUUUGGAGGGGGAGUGCGGAUGCGCGGCCGGGCAGACAGGAGAGGGAAGACAGUGGUGCACCAGCUCUCGGUGUCACUGGAGGACCUGUACAAUGGCUCCACGCGGAAGCUGUCCCUGCAGAAGAACGUCAUCUGCCGCAAGUGUGGAGGCUGCGGGGUGCGGGAGGGCGCCCAGAGAAGGUGCCCCAAGUGCCACGGCUCGGGCAUGGAGGUUCGCAUCCACCAGCUGGGGCCCAGCAUGAUCCAGCAGAUCCAGACCGUGUGUUCCCAGUGCCAGGGCCAGGGCGAGUGGAUCCGGCCCCGCGACUGCUGCCUCACCUGCAACGGCCGCAAGGUUGUGCGGGAGAAGAAGAUCCUCAGCGUCCACCUGGAUAAAGGCAUGAAGGAUGGGCAGAAAAUCACCUUCCACGAGGAAGGGGACCAGGUGCCCGGUCUGGAGCCCGGGGACAUCAUCAUCGUCCUGGAUCAGAAGGAACAUCCUGUUUUCCGGCGCAGCGGCGACGACCUCAUUGUCAGGAGGGAGAUCAGCCUGGCAGACGCGCUGUGCGGGUGUAGGCAGGUGAUCCGCACCCUGGACAACCGCACCCUGCUCGUGUCCUCCCAGCCAGGUGAUGUGAUCCGGCCCGGGGACCUGAAGUGUAUCCCCAACGAGGGGAUGCCCGUCUACAGGAGUCCCUUUCAGAAAGGAAAGCUCAUCCUGCAGUUCGAGGUGAAGUUCCCCGAGCCGGGCUGGCUCCCCACCGACCGCCUGCGGCAGCUCCAAGCCUUCUUCCCCCCGCAAGAGGAGGUGAUGGCCACGGAGGACACGGAGGAGGUGGAGCUCAGCGAUUACACGGCGCACGGCGGGCCCGGCCGGCGGCCCUACGCUGGAGAAGCCUACCACGAGGACGACUUCGAGGACGGCGUGCGCCAGCACGUGCAGUGCCAGACCUCAUAGCGGGGGCUCGGAGCCCCCCGGCGCGGGCAGGGCCGGGGCUGCGGGCAGGGCUGGGGCUGCGGGCAGGGCUGGCGGAGCCGCCACGUUCAGGGAUGUACAUAGGUCGCCUUUCCGACAGCACUUCACCUCCUGAGCCCCCCGGGAGCCGGCAGAGCCCCGCAGCCCUGCCGGGCGAGGCCCCCCUGCCCUGCCCUGCCCUGCUGCCAGCCCCGGGGCAGUGGGACCGCUGCUGCUCUGGGCGGGGUGCCCAAGGGGCAUGAGGCCGGGUCCAGCUGCUGGCGGGCACAUCCCACGCAGGGAAGGCUCAGCCCUGGCCAGAGAGGAGGAGAGGGUACCUGGUGCCCCUGCCUCAGUUUCCCCAUCUGCUGUGGUGGGGCCAAGCUUUGUGCUGGAGCCAGUGUGGGGAGCAGGGCAACUGCCCAGCCCCUUUAGGGGCGCCCCACUCCUGGCCCCACACUGCGGGGGGCUGCUGCCUGGGCCCCCAGCCCCUUGCUUUGCCCAUUUCUUUCCUUACUGGAGCCUUGCUCAGGCCUGGGAUGCAGAGGGGGUGGCUCUUUUCUCUUUGCACAGGACAGGAGGGGUUGGGGGGGACCCGUCCCUUCCCUUUAAUUUAUUUUUGGAAGAAUUUUAGAAGUUUUUCUUUUUUGGGGGGAGGAGGGGUAGGGGUGGUGACUUUGUACUUGGCAUUAAAUGCGAAUCCCAA